AUGUCUGAGUUACUUUCUGAGAAUAAAGCUCAAGAAAUGAGCACUUCUGUGGUGAACAAGAAUUCUGAUGAUAGCUGGUUGGAGAACGAGCCUCUUGAAGAAACUCUGAUAGAGGAUAAUAAUAAUACACUGAAUAAAUGCGGUUCAAAGGACAAUGAGCACCUUGAUCAGCUAGAUGAAGUUAGUUCACUUAAAAUUAGUGAGAAAAUAAAUGGACAGUCAGGGACACAAGAUGGAUCAUUUAAGCUAGUAGAAAGUGAACAUCAAGAGAAACAACCACUUCAUAAUGAUUUUAAGAGGAAUAUACUUGAACGAAUGGAAACAACCUCAAUAGUCGAAGAACAAGCUAACACUGACAUAAACACAGAACCUUCAGAGAAAGCUGUGCACGUGUCAGAUAAUAAUGAUACCGAACUCUUACCAAAAGAAAAUGAAUUAGGUACGAUCGACGGAUCUUUUCCGGAUAAUGGAGAUGCAGUCGUUUUUGAAGACGAUGAAUUAAACACUGGUGAUGCAACAAUUUAUGAUAAUAAUGAAGAUGGCGUUGUACCCAAUGAGUUGGAGAGUGAAUCAAAUCUUUCUGUUGGUAAGCAGUCUUCUAAAAAAGAAAAUGAUCUUUCAAAUAGCGAGAAAUCUCGCUGUACCUUGGUAUAUGAAGGCCAAGAAUUUCCAUUACACGUAAAGUUAAACAAAUGCUUGGGUGAAUGGAUGCAAGAUCUCAAAAAAGAAUAUAUUCGAGAUGAAAUACACGAUCAUGAAGUAGUGCUGACAUUUAAAGAUUCAGCCGCCGAUGACUUUCGAUUAGACAAUAAAUAUUCACAACGUUUCACUCUUGGGAAGAUUAUUACUACCCACAAUAGAUAUCGGAAGUCUCAUGAUUUGAAUACAACAGACCUUCUUAUAGUAAUGACUUUACAAGAACGAACUAAGCAUAUAAAAUAUUUAUAUUCUGCUUCAGAUGUCGCAGGUGAAGAUCCUGAAUCUUUUGAUGAUGGAGAUAUUAAUGAUUAUGAUAAUAUAUUACCACAAUCUACAACCGAGAUAGCACAAUUAUCUGGGACAGGUAAUUCAUUUUUUAAACCAUCAAAAGAUGCCUUAGCAGUAUUAAAAAUUAUGAUGUUUCCUAAUUAUCCCGGAGGUGAUAAUGGAGAAAUACAAUAUAUUGAUAGUGAAGCCUGGAAAAACGGAACUCCAGGGUUUUACGGGGUUCCUCCAAUAUACCAAAUACCAACGAAUGAAUUAUAUGUUGGUCCGCAGGGAACUUAUGGGAGUGGCCUAGGAUUAUAUGAUAACAUGCAGUUUGAACAAAAUGAUUUAUAUGGCGAUACUUUUAACGAAUUACUAACUAAUUUCGACAAUCAAGCUGAAAACUUUGAUGGAUCAUCAAUCUAUUAUAAUCAGACGUUGGAUAAUUAUGGUAUUCCCAAAGAAAGUAUAUAUGAUGAAACGUUAGAUCCCAAAGAAAAUGUAUAUGAUCAGUCGUUAGGAAUAAGUAAUUCUCAAAAUAGUUCUGAAGCGUUAAAUAUUGGUGAUAAAGCGCCAUUUGUAACAGAAGAUCUUUCAGCUAUGGAUACUGAGCCAAAAAAAGAUCACCCAAUUGCACCUACCGAUGAUGAAUAUCCUGUAAAUGAGAUGGAAGUUUCUAAAGGAAAACGAGAAAGGUCUUGCACGAGCGAUUCCGAAGGAGAUGUCAAUAAGAAGGCCC